AUGGCUACUUCAAUAAACAUGAUGCAGCCAGCUUAUACUGAUGCUGCUGGCAAACCCAUCGGUAAUGAUGUACACAGAUGGUUUCAAAAUGGAGUUAAACCAGUCGGAGUAGGGGAAAAGACUGGACCUUGUACAACUCAAACAACGUGUUAUAUUUUUCUUGGAAUAAUAUGUUUCCUUCUCCUGUGCAUUAUAAUCAUCGUUCCUCUGGUUCUUGCAUCGGUAUUAUCAAAAUCUUGA